AUGUCAACUAAAGCCAUAACCCUUCCGUCCAGGAAACUGGACGAGUUCGAAGAGCUCGUGUACGAUUAUACAGCGCGAGUGGGCGUGGGUAGCGAGGGAAGAGUUCCAGCGCUUACCCUUCUCUCAAUAAAGCACUGGGACAUCGAUGCCCGCAAUUGUAACCUCCGCUUCGAAUCCGCAACGCGCGGUCCGCCGGCUACAGUCUCAUUCCUGUUUAAAGUUACUCCUGCGCUGAGCAAUUUCAUGGGUAAUCUCCACGGAGGUUGUGCUGCUACUUUGAUUGAUGUUCUAUCGACGACUAUCUUGUUGGGUGUUUCCGAACCGGGCAAGUUCGCUUUCGGAGGUGUUAGUCGCAAUCUCAAGGUGACUUAUCUGCGACCUGUACCUACGGGGACUGAGGCGCGUCUUGUCUGUGAGGUUAUUCAUGUUGGGAAGAGGUUGGCUUUGCUUCGGGCUGAGAUUCAGAGGGCGGAGAAUGGGGAUAUUUGUGUGAUUGGUGAACACGAGAAGGCCAAUACCGAUCCGGAGGUGACGCAGAGGAUUUGA